AAAAAAAACUCUCUUAGACAGGAUAUCUAUUCUUCUUCCCUUUAUUGGCGCAAAAAUAAAAAGCCCUAGCUCUCAUACAGCACAAGAAGAUGCACGAAGCGAGAGGAAGAAGAAAAACAUAGCUAAUCAGUUUCUGCAACUUAAUAGCUCGCAUCGAAGGUUAAAUACUAUGGACUUAGAUGGAAAAAAUACGUCUCAAGAGAAUAUUGAUUCAAAGGGGGCUUUCCGUAAGCUCUCCAAUGAUGCUGUUAACAGGAAAUACAGGCGUCGGACUCCUGUUGGUGGAUCAUCCUCGUCUGAUGGGAGCCCUGCCCGCAAGAGGAGCUCUAGUCCUAUCCCAUCAAGGAAGGAUGAUUGGCGACACAAGGAUGAUUAUAUAGAUAGGGGUUCCAGUAGAAACCGACAAGAUCGAAGUGGUGAAUCUCAAAGGCAGUCUGAUCGACAAUCUUCUAGGAGUUCCCGCAAUUACCAUAAGCAAAAUGAUUAUACCAGACAUGGCAGGCAUACUGAUGAUGAUGAUAAAGGAUAUUCAAAGCUAAGCUCUCAUUCUCGUCAUGAUUCAAGAGUGGACAAUUAUGGCAAUAACUCCAGGCGUGAUAAUGAUCAUAGAUCAAGACACUCCCCACGUGACACUGACAAACACUACCGAGAUAGGUACGGGGAUUCAGGGCAUAGAAGCAAGAAUCAGGAGAGAGAAGCUUCAUCGUUCAAAGAUAAAGAUUUAUCAUUUGACAGAGUAGGAUCAGGUAGACGUUAUAAUAGCUCUAGCAUUGACGAUAAUAGAUCCAGGGAGAGUGACAGGUAUAAGGAGUAUAGAGACAGCCGAGAUGAGAAAGGGAACCGUAGGAGCGAUCACAAGAGUGAUCGUUCACCUGCUUAUGAGGAGUCUAGAAGCAACAGAAAUGAGUCAAAUUCAAGAAAAGAUCCACAGGUUGAUGCUAUGGAGUUGGAUGGUAAGAAAUACACCAAAGAGGAAAGGAAGAACAAUGAGGACCGAGAGAAGAUAUUUGCAGACAGAAAUGUUGCUUCUAGUAAAGGGCGUGUGUCGUCUCCAUCUAAGAAGUCAAAAUUUUCAGGCAUGGAUGAGAGUUCUGCACAGGGAAAAGAUGCUGAUGGAAAAUUCUCUUCGAAUUCAAAACAAGGUCAAGAUCUAAACAGUGAGUUGUCUUUGGAGCAGGGCGUGAAAGACUCUGAUAUAGAUGCUGCAAAGAUUGCUGCAAUGAAGGCUGCUGAAUUAGUUAAUAGAAACCUUAUUGGAACGGGUAUCAUGACUACUGACCAAAAGAAGAAGCUGCUGUGGGGAAACAAGAAAACCACCACUAAUUCUGAAGAGUCCACUCAUCGAUGGGAUACAUCACUAUUUGGUGAUCGCGAUCGACAAGAAAAGUUCAACAAACUCAUGAGUCUGAGGUUGCCUUGGUGCCUAUGGCCAAUUGUAGGGUGUGAAAGGCGACGUGCCGACGGAGAACAAACCAGUCAUCCACGAUGCAGAGAGGCAAAAGGAGCUUCAAAUGGACUUAGAGAAGCAAUACACUGCUGGACUUCGCCGAAGAGACGGUCGUACAGUUGGACUAGGUCUCUAAGGACUUGCCUUGAACAUCUUUGUAUUUUAAUGACUCUUUUGGUCCUGGUGUUGUGUUGUUUUGCAAUUAUGGAGCUGCAUGUAUUGUUUCGACUUAAACUAUGUAUCCUGAAAUUUACGUUAUCUCGUGAUCAAAGAUUGUAUUUUUUAAAUCUAUGUUAUGGACUCAAUCUACUGCUCAGUUCCACCUCAAGUAGUUCUAUCUAGUAUAAUUUAGUGUUGCA